AUGACGCAGACCGCGCCCGCCAGUUGGCGGGGCGUCUCCCAAGCAAGUCGCGCUACCUCCACAGGCAAGUCGCGUCCUUCAUCUUCCUCGGCGCGCUCCAAGUCGCAGCCAAAGCAGCGCAAUGCCAAGCCCAAGCCUCCAUCAAAACCCACGCCCUCCGCCUUCGAGUUAGGCGUGGAGCAGGCCCGCACUUACGCAGACAGUGCCACCCCCGAGCAGCUCGAAACGCGGCUGCAACAGCUCCUUCUUGCCGCCAAAUUCACCGAUGCCGCCUUCCUUAUCGCCGCCAGCGCGCACUUAAGCACACGCUUCCAGACAGCGGACGUGGUUCGUCUCAUGUUGGAGCAAGCCAAGAGCCCACGCGCAUUGGACCAGGCAGCGCAACUGUUUGGCGCGGCCAUGCGACUGGCACAGGAGAUGGUGCCAGGUUUCGAGACGCUCUCCGCCGCUGCGGACCGUCCGUGCUGGACGCCGUCCGCACUCAUCCAAGCCAUGAUUCGCGCUGGAAAAUUCCGUGCGGCACUCAAGUUCUCCAAGCAAUUCGGACUUCUGGAAACGUUCCCGGCUCCUCAGCUGGUACGUGGUAUGCUGGAGACUAGAAGCUACGAGGAGGCUAUCUCCAGCGUCAUGGAGAUGCAGCUGUUCAAGGAUUUUCCCCUUGAAGCUCUAGCAGUGGAGAUGAUGAAGCAGCGGCAAUGGGCCCAAGCAGUUAAGUGCAUGAACAAGCUCUCAGAUAAAGACGACACACGAGCCAAGUUCUACGAAGCGCUGGUGCGUGAAACUGCACAUGUCGGGGACUUUGUGACCUCGUUACGCUAUCUACGUGAGUUUAAACUGGAUCAAGGCAACGGAGACGCGACAAUAAGCUUGCUGCGGUACCUGGUGGAUGCUAUGGUCGCACAUAACGAGUUCUACAAGGCCAUUAAGUAUGCAAUCAAGUUCAACUUGGCCAAGAACCCGCUGAACGAUGCAAUUGCAGCUGCUGAUGCUGCGCUUGCUGCUGCGAGUGGCGAAGAAUUUCCCUUGAAGGAAGAAGACAAUACUGAGUAUUUACCGCAGUAUAACGUCGAGCUGCUGAUUCGCAAAGCUAUCGAAGGUGGACAGUUCCACGUGGCAACUACAUACAUUAAGAAACUGCGGCUUCGAGAGAAGUUUGCUGAUGAGCUUGUGGCGAUCGAGAAGGCGCAGCAUAAUCGACUACUGGAGUUCCGACAGUACGCACAACUGCGGCUCGCUCAGUUCCAAGAUCCAGCGUUCCAGAAGAAUCUUUACGCAUUACUGGGUGAUCAAGCUGAAGAUGAAAUGAUUGAACUUGAGCCAGUGGAGGUGGAAAUUGUUCUUUCAGAGGAAGAGGAGAUCAUCCCGCGCAAGAAGAAGGCCCAGCAUGACGACGAAGACGAGGAUGUGCCCAAAGAAUCUGAGAAAAAGGAAUCAACACCAGUUGCAGAAAGCAGCAAACCUGUUGAGGAUCAACAGCAGUCGUCCGUUCCAGCUGAGACCACUGGUCAAUCACGCUUCGGCUUUGCUCGGGCUCCAGCAUCAUCACAACCGCCACUUCCGAGUGUUCCUGACACUGCAGAGGGAAUAUCUGGCGAGGACAACCAGCCUCGCAGUAAGUCGGCACCACCUAGUAGAUCACCACCCCCUCCCGGCUUGUCCAAUCCCUCAGACAGCGAACAGACUCAAGUCAGCACUCAAGAAAGCGCUGGCAGCUUCAACUUUGCCGAUUUUGCCAAGUCUGUCCAGGUCAGCGGUCCGCCUCCACCUCCUUACUCGGCUCCGUCAUCGCAGCCACUUCAGCAACCACCGCAGCCUCCUCAGCCACCACAACAGCAGCCAUUUUUGAACCAGCAGCAGCAGACGCAAGCGAUGUUCGGUCGUCCAAUGCCCCCGAUGCCGAACAAUCAGUUUGCGGGUGGACCGCCAGGAUAUCCCAUGCCACCAAUGAUGCCGCAGCAGAACCCCAUGUAUUUUCGAGGAAACAUGCCGCCUGGAGUGAUGCAGCCACCAGGCUACCCGCAGCCUCCACCUCCACCCCCGUCAAACAACGGUGGAGGCGCCCUUGAUGUUGCCUCACUCGCAAUGCAGUUCCACAAUACCGGCAGCAAUGGAUCUUCUGGUUUAGGCGGCUUUGGUGGCCCACGUCCUCCCAUGAGCUAUCCUGGAGCCUCACCGAAUGGCCAACACUUCCAAGCAAUGCCGCCAUUCGGUGUUCCUCCGCCGCCGCCCCAAUCCACCUUCAAACCUAGCAUGUCGUACACCUCGGUUACUACGACACGCCAGAAGAAGUAACUCUUCCUUCACUUCAAGCUUCAACUCCGUAUAGUAGUAGCUCAAUCUGCAUAUUUUCAUGUGCUUGCAUGGUUUGCAUUCUGCAUAUUGCCUGUUGCAUGUUGCAUGUUUUGUAAUUCUCUGAUGUUAAAAUGCCUCGAUGAAGAAGAGUACACUGCUUUGCAUGCUACA